AUGUUGACUACAAAAUAUUUGCGGAAGAUACAUGUGAAUCAAAUAAGAUUCGCUAGUUUCAAAAUUCCUGCGUCUUAUGUACCUAGUAAGUUAAUCAAAACAAUUCCUUUUAGUCAGGCUUUAUCUAUAUGGUAUCAGUCGUUGAAAUCAAGUAGACUACAAACUUUGCAAGAUGAACUCACUGAGUUAAUGUUACCGGCGGACUUAAAUACUCAUUUAAUCAAAGAGAAUAAGAAAGUGAAAAUCGAUGAUAAUGGGAAUUAUUUGAAUGAACUUUAUUUUGAAAUAAACAACAAUUCUGAAAAGCCAACAAAGCAUGUAGUAUUCGUGCAUGGUUAUGGUGCGUCUUUGGGAUGUUUUGCUAGAAAUUAUCAAAUCAUUAAUAAAUUGCAAGAUCGAAAGUACAAUUAUAAAGUCCAUUUCUUGGACAAUAUUUCUUUCGGAUUGUCUUCAAACCCGAAGAUUGUAUCACCGUUAAUUAAUGGGAGGAUUCCAACAUGCCCAACUGUAAAGAUGAAUGAUCCGGAACCAACCAGCAAAGAAAAUUUGUACAAUAAGUACUAUAAGUUGAUAGAAUCAUACGAGAUAAAUAAAGAUGAAUUUAGAGAAUACCAAGAAAAAUUUGUUCCUAUUUUAAACGAAAUGGAGAAAUAUUACACGGACGCUAUUGAAAAUUGGCGUAUAGAAUCCAAAAUCGAUAAGAUUGAUCAUUUAAUUGGGCAUUCUUUCGGUGGUUACUGGACUAGUUCAUAUGCUAUCAAGUAUCCACAAAAUUUAUCUAAUUUGAUAUUAUUAUCGCCUGUUGGGGUCGAGAGACAUGUGCAUGCAGUUACGAAUCCUCUUGAUGAAAUUAAGUCUCAGCCUAUCAAGCCAAGUGUAGAUCCAACUUCCUAUAACUUUUUGACACGGAUGCCUCUACUUACAGGGAAGCACGUAAUAAAUUGGUAUACCGUAUUGCCAUACUUACCAAGGUUACUUAGAUGUCUUGGACCUUGGGGAGUUGCAAGGUACUACAAAGAGAGGUAUGGUAGGCUUUUCAAGGUUAAUACCGUGACAUCCCAACUUGGUGGGGCUUCCGAUGUCUUUCAGCACGAAAAUGACCUUAUUAUUGGAACCAAUAAAGAGUGCCUUUUAUUAUUUGAAUAUCUUUACAACUCUACUACUAUCGGAUCGCAGUCUGAUAUUUAUAUCAAAUAUUUAUUAACGCCUUGCACUGUUAGUAAAUGGCCUCUUUACGAUAAAUUUACCGAGUUCUUCAACAAAUCACCAACCUAUGCAUUCAAAAUUCAUUUUGUUUAUGGGGAAUAUGACUUCAUGAAUUCCGAAGCAGGUUUAAAGUUAACCGAAAAUAUCAAUCGUUCAUCCGAAAGUUCUAUUGCCGAUUUUCAUAAAAUUCCACAAGGAGGACAUAAUAUGUACUUAGAUAAUCCGUUUGAUACCAACAAAAUGAUUCACAAUAUUAUCCAAAAGCAAGAUGAUCUUUGA